AUGGUCCGCUACGUCUUCAACUGCUGGCGCGACCACGGCGAGAUGAUGCUCGUGAGACGCCAGUUUUACCACGACCGCCUGUCCGACGACGGCGACGACGACGGGCCUGAUCAGCAACGAGAGCGCCGGCAGCGGGCGGUGGCGCGCGUGUCCAUGUGGAUGACUCGCCAGCACUGUCCGCACAUGGUGGAGUCGACUGCCCUGCUCACUGCCGCCCUCCUCAGCGACGACGACGCCGGCAACCACAAUGCAUGGUCGACCUACGCCGUCCGAGCCACCUAUGCGGCCGCCUUUAGUAGAUUUGUGACGGGCCUGCUGGAUGGUCACCAGGACAAACAGCGUAAGCAGAGCAUGUACGCCGUCGCCAAGAAGAUUGGCCUGCCCGCCACCUUUGUCGAGCUGAGGCACCAGUCAACCCACGAGCAGCUGCCGUCCCGCGCCAAGCUGCGUUCCAUGGCCAACAAGGCCCUGGCCUGGAUAUGGAACUACUACUGGAAGAACCUCGCCGACGAGGCCACGCCCCGCGCCCACCCGUGCCGUGGAGCCAUCCUCAGGUAUCUGGAAGGCGACGAUGACGACGCGCGCCGGGGCAAGACGCUCAAGGAGCUGGGGCACUGGGACGCCGCCCUGGUGCUGGCGACUAUUGCCGAGCUGCAGGAGACGCUGCCCGGAAACCAGGUCUUUCUGAAGUGCCUCAAGCUGUCCAAGGAGGUCACCAUGGCACGAAAGGACGCCGGUGGCACGCCUGCUGGCCGGGAAAGUGCCCCGGGCCAGUCACAGGCGACGGCGGUUGCCGCCGACGAGCCGCAGAAACCCGAGCCCCAGCCGCAAUCCGAGCCCGAGCCUCACGCCGAACCCGAUCAAGGUUCGGAGCCCGACUCAGGUUGGUCUCUCUACGAGGGGCCGUGGAAGCCCAAGCCUAUCGGCGUCGUGUAG